GCGGUUUCUUCCUACGCCUCUUCUCUCCUCUGCGUUUCCUCUUAAAAGGUGUCACCCACCUUCACCAACUUCUUGACGUCUCCAUGGAUCCGUACAAGCACCGUCCUUCAAGUGCUUUCAAUUCCCCGUUCUGGACCACUAAUUCUGGUGCUCCUGUUUGGAACAACAACUCCUCGCUGACUGUUGGAUCUAGAGGUCCUAUUCUCCUUGAGGAUUAUCAUCUGGUUGAAAAGCUCGCCAAUUUUGAUAGAGAGAGGAUUCCAGAACGUGUUGUCCAUGCUAGGGGAGCAAGUGCAAAGGGUUUUUUUGAGGUCACCCAUGACAUUUCUUACCUCACAUGUGCUGACUUUCUUCGAGCCCCUGGAGUUCAGACCCCUGUCAUUGUUCGCUUCUCCACUGUCAUCCAUGAGCGUGGCAGUCCUGAAACUCUGAGAGAUCCUCGUGGUUUUGCUGUGAAGUUUUACACUAGAGAGGGUAACUUUGAUCUUGUUGGAAACAACUUCCCCGUCUUCUUUAUCCGUGAUGGAAUGAAAUUUCCAGAUAUGGUUCAUGCACUUAAACCCAACCCCAAGUCUCAUAUCCAGGAGAACUGGAGGAUCGUUGAUUUCUUUUCCCACCAUCCUGAGAGCUUACACAUGUUCACCUUCCUCUUUGAUGAUCUGGGUGUUCCACAAGAUUACAGGCACAUGGAUGGUUCUGGUGUUAACACCUAUACUCUGAUCAACAAGGCUGGAAAAGCACACUAUGUGAAAUUCCACUGGAAGCCCACUUGUGGAGUCAAGUGCCUGUUGGAGGAUGAGGCAAUUAAGGUUGGAGGGGCUAAUCACAGCCAUGCCACUCAGGAUCUCUAUGACUCAAUUGGAGCUGGCAACUAUCCUGAGUGGAAACUUUUCAUCCAGACAAUAGAUCCUGAUCAUGAAGACAGAUUUGAUUUUGAUCCACUUGAUGUGACCAAGACCUGGCCAGAGGACAUAUUGCCUCUUCAGCCUGUUGGACGCUUGGUCUUGAAUAAGAACAUUGACAACUUCUUUGCAGAAAAUGAACAGCUAGCAUUUUGCCCUUCUAUUGUGGUUCCUGGUGUCUACUAUUCAGAUGAUAAGUUGCUCCAGACUCGAAUAUUCUCCUAUUCUGAUACACAGAGGCACAGACUUGGACCAAACUACCUGCAACUCCCAGCCAAUGCUCCCAAGUGUGCUCAUCACAACAACCACCAUGAGGGUUUCAUGAAUUUCAUGCACAGGGAUGAAGAGGUCAAUUACUUCCCUUCAAGGUACGAUCCUGUUCGUCAUGCUGAGAGAUUUCCUAUUCCUCCUGCUGUUUGCACUGGAAAGCGUGAGAAGUGCGUCAUUGAGAAGGAGAACAACUUCAAACAGCCGGGAGAGAGAUACAGAUCCUGGGCACCAGACAGGCAAGAGAGAUUCGUUUGCCGAUGGGUUGAUGCCUUAUCUGACCCACGUGUCACCCAUGAGAUUCAAAGCAUCUGGGUCUCAUACUGGACUAAGGCUGACAAAUCUCUUGGUCAGAAGCUAGCAACCCGUCUCAAUGUGAGGCCAAGCAUAUGAACGAGAAAACACCCGGAUACUUAAAGAGUUGCACGGGUGAACAUGUCCUAAGCAUUGAGUUGAAAUAUGAACUUGAAUUCUUGAACUUUUGGUUCCUGUAUUGUACUCUUUACAAAAAGCAAACUUGUCUGUCAUUAUAUGAAUUUACCUUAUGAUCCUGAUCAAUAAAAUAUCAGUUAUUUGUACUGGUUGUUGUUAUUAUUAUUAUUGUUAUUAUUAUUAUUUUGGUGGUAUUAAUGUGUUGAGUCGCUCCGACCUGAAGGUUGCACCCUCUGUUUUGUAAGUGA